CCGCUGGCUGUCAUGGGAGCUCUCUCCCUUGCAGAGGGGCUGGGCUGUGCGUGCGUGUGUGUGUGUCUGUGUGUGUGUGUGUGCGCGCAGGCGGGGGGUGGCUGCCUUAUGGAUUUGUUCAAGGCUGGGAGUGAACACAUGGGUGGUGGUGAUUGUUGUUGUUGUUGCGUUUCUUUGGCCCACGGCAGCUCUCAGACUCGCCUGCCGGGGUUAUGGAUUCAAUCAUUAUUCAGGAGCUGUUAGCGGAGCGGCUGCUUUCUCCCCGGACGCAGGCCCAGAGAAGCCACCCGGUCAAGCUGAAGGACCACGAGAAGCAGUAUGUGGGAUUCGCCACCCUGCCGAACCAGGUGCACCGGAAAUCUGUGAAGAAGGGCUUCGACUUCACCUUGAUGGUAGCCGGAGAGUCGGGCCUGGGGAAAUCCACCUUGGUGAAUAGCCUGUUCCUGACGGAUCUUUACAAAGACCGGAAGCUUCUCAAUGCAGAGGAGCGAAUCAGCCAAACGGUGGAGAUCCUGAAACACACCGUGGACAUCGAGGAGAAGGGCGUCAAGCUGAAGCUGACGAUAGUCGACACCCCGGGCUUUGGAGAUGCUGUUAACAACACUGAGUGCUGGAAGCCCAUCACCGAUUACAUCGACCAGCAGUUCGAACAGUAUUUCCGCGACGAGAGCGGCCUGAACCGGAAGAACAUCCAGGACAACCGAGUGCACUGCUGCCUCUACUUCAUCUCGCCCUUCGGACACGGGCUGAGGCCGGUGGACGUCGAGUUCAUGAAGGCUCUGCAUGAGAAGGUGAACAUCGUGCCCCUGAUCGCCAAGGCCGACUGCCUGAUCCCCAGUGAGAUCCGGAAGCUAAAGGAGAGGAUCCGGGAAGAGAUCGACAAGUUUGGGAUUAAAGUUUACCAGUUCCCAGACUGCGACUCUGAUGAAGAUGAGGAAUUCAAACAGCAAGACCGGGAGCUGAAGGAGAGCGCUCCCUUCGCCGUCAUCGGCAGCAACACGGUGGUGGAGGCCAAAGGCCAGAGAGUGCGUGGGCGGCUGUACCCGUGGGGCAUUGUGGAAGUGGAAAACCAGGCACACUGUGAUUUCGUGAAGCUGCGGAACAUGCUGAUCCGGACGCACAUGCACGACCUGAAGGAUGUCACCUGUGAUGUUCACUAUGAGAACUACAGAGCUCAGUGCAUCCAGCAGAUGACCAGUAAACUGACUCAGGACAACAGGAUAGAAAGCCCCAUCCCUAUCCUGCCCCUCCCGACGCCUGAUGCUGAAACGGAGAAGCUGAUCAAAAUGAAGGAUGAAGAGUUGCGGAGGAUGCAGGAGAUGCUGCAGAAGAUGCAGCAGCAGAUGCAGGACCAGUGAGAGUCAGGAGGAUGGAGGGCAAAGGGAAUCCCUGGCGACCUUCCGGGGCCCAGCUUGAGAAGUGGCCGUUGUAGGAAGAAGUUCCCCGUUGCGUAGAGACUUGUGGGCGAGAGCUGCGCCCCCCCCACCCCCUAAUUUAUUAGCAGUGACACUGGCUUUCAUGUCAGCUGGAGUGCGGAAGAGGCUCUUCACUUAGCAAUUUACUGGUGUGUUUUUCUUUUGUUUCUUUUAAGCCUGGGAAGUGUCUAAGGCAUUUUUAGAACCGUUCCAACUUCCAGAUGUAUUCAGCCCUGGCUAGGGAAUGUGCCGCUGUUCCAAGUCACGGUUUCUAUGGUGUACGAACUUGAAGACUGUGUAAAUGCACGUAAAUGUUUACUCCCAACCAAGGUGCUGGGACCCUCCCUCCCAACCCUCCUGGGCCAGGGCAGGCACUUAGAAGGACAAAUGUCCCUUUGAACCAAGAGCUCGUGAGUUGGACCUAGUCAGCCACCCCUCUCCCCCUGGAGACUCCAGGCCACCCCGCUGCUCUGCAGGGGAGAGGAGCAGGGUAGGGGGGUGGAGUUGAUCGUGGGACACUGGCCUGUGGGGGUAUUUUUAAGGUGCCUGAACAUUCCUGCCUGAUUUUCCUAUUGAGAAACUCCAGGAUCUUUUGCACUGAGAGGGGAGAGAUCAGCCCCACCCACUAGGUUAGAAGAUAUCAACGACCGGUCCCUGAGAUCUCCCCGACACAGCUUAGGAAGGCAGCGAGCUGGCUCCUGGAAUCAAACAGGUUGAGAAACUCUGGUUUAGAGCAUAGUGGUGAGGAUGUGGCGCUUGGCGCUGGGAGAUCCCGGCUUGCAGAGACGAGGAAUAUUGGAGCAGCCCAUGAGGUGCCAGCAUCUUCCCAGCCAGCCAUGCCCCUGCUUUGGCCAAACCACACUGUGGCUCUGAGUCUCCGGCAGAACUAGGGAGCAGUUAGCAGGAAGCUUGGUGGCUUUUCCUUCGCUUCCUGCUCUCUUUGGAGUGAGGGAGGGGGUAGCCCCCGCCAUCCAGCCUGUGCAUAGCCCUUGGGCUCACUUGGAAAGGUGACAUGCUGGGCAGAGGGACCAAAGAGCCGAGGGCAGUGUCCCAGUUUGUACCUGACCAGGGGAAGCCUCGGGGCAGGAGAUGAACCCUAAAGAUGGAGCCCAGGCCUGCCAUCUUGUGGCACUUGGAUGGCGCCUCCCUGGGCAGUCGCCCUUGUCUCCCACCUGUGAGGCCGGUCCUGGCUGUGUAGGGAGCAGGUUGGGGCUGAACAGGUUGUGGGCAGCAAGGGAGCAUUUGAGUCCCUGGGAGGAGGCUUAGUACAGCCCAGCUCCGCUGGCUAUGCACUGCCCCCUCCCUUCCCUUUCACACAGGACUCCACCCAACAGCCUCGCUGGGCAGUAGCUUUAGGCUUCCCCCGUUUCCCGCUCCUGGUCCCAGCCAUUGGGACCGGCGUGGUUGAGUUCCAGCGCAGGGCAAGCUGGCGGGAUCUGGUGGCAGAGAUACGAGGGCUGUGUCUGCAGCAGCCGCUGUCAUUUGCCAGGUUAUUUUUAACCAAGCACAGUAAGGAGCAGCCAGAAGUGUGGCCUGUCUGAUAGUAAUGCCAGCGGCCGGCCAGGGAAAAUGGGCCCUGAGCCUAACCGGGUCUUCCCUUAGACUCCUUGGAGUGCUGGCAAGGAGCUGUUUGCCUGAUGCACAUGGGGGUGGGUCCUUCCUGCCCAGCCCCUGUUCCCGCUCUGUGUCCUGUGGGUGCCCAUUUACCUGUGGCUUUGUGUUGUCCAGCUCUGACUCCUCGAUGGCCGGCUCUUGGUGUGACACGCGGUGUUGGCUGGGUCUGGUUAAGUGCCAGGGCUGCUUCUGCUAGCAGUGUGUCAUGCUGGCUUUUCUCAGCAGGGCCCUGAGCUCUUGGCCUGUUGGUGAGUAGCUGGGGCGGUGCCUGUUAUUCACAGGCAAGCCUCUUUUGUCUCGGGUAGGUGCAGGAGAGACGGGACAGAUCUCGGAAAUAACGAGGAGAGGCUAAGCUAACGAAGGGCAGCGGUGCCUCUUGGACAGGUGUCUAAGCUAGGCCAGCGCAAACUGAACCUCUGAGCUUUGGCUCGUUUAAGAGGCCUCUCUUGCUGCCCCAAUGAAGUGCAGAGCUGUGCAGUGUGUCUGGGGGACAAACUCAGGCCAGAAGAGCAAUGUCAUUAUCUCCCCAGCUCCUUUGUCCUGUCCCAUCCCCCCUGUGCGAAGCAUGUAAGAGAUGCCAUGCCAGGAUAGACUGAGGGGCCAUUUACUCCUGUCUCCAGCUCUGUCCAAUGCCAGAUGCUUAAAGGGAAAGUGUGAGCGGCCUCGCCAUAAUGCACUGCUUGUGUGGUAUUGUAGCCUGAGGGUUCAGCUUCUUCCAGGCCUAGGCUGGUGAUCAGCUACUAUCCUGACGCAUGAGGAUUGCUAACUUGUGUCAGUUUUAUUCAUGCUAGUGUAACUGCAAAUGCUGUUCCUGUUCAUUGAAGCAUCUGUUCCCUUUUUGUAAAGCUUGAUAAGUUCCUUGCUUCUGCAUUAUCUUGAGGCAGUGAAUUCCACAAGUUAACAAUCUGUUGCAGGUAAGGUGGUAACAUUUCCAGACCAGGUAAGGGGGCCUCUGUGUCCAGCAUGUUUUGGCCCAAGAAGAGGUAGAGGAGAUCAUCUUCCCUUUAGCAUUAGAUGGCAGCUUGGUUGAGUGCAGCCGGCAGCUGUACUGGUGGCUGAGUUCACAAGCAAGGCAUUGAAACAGGGCAAGGCUGUGGGUCUGAGGCAUUUGGCAGGACAGGGCACCUGCAGCCAGAAUUGCUGACUAAGAAAUCUGUCCCCUUUCCCGGUGAGGACAUCUCCAUCAACUCAGUGCAAACUUCUGCUAAAUCAGACCCAUUCCACACAGAGCCGAACUCCUCAGCCAUGGGCAGGGGUAGUGUGGAGUCAGAGAGAGAGAAGCACCUUCUGACAAGGCAGCUAGAGCUGCAGCUUCUCCAGAGGUGAAGUAGGACCACAGAGACCCACCAACAAAGAAGACAGCAGGUUUCCUUCCUCUUGGGAGGCUGGGAGGAGGGUUGGCUGCCUGGAAAGACAUUGGAAAUGGAGGUGACCCCUGGAAUGCUCUAGAGUUCUGCCCUCUGCCUGCGUGUUCUCAGCAUGGAGUCUCCCCCUGUUGAAUUGAGCUGCACUCUGACUGGUAGAGGCGUUCCUGGGUAAGCAUGGCUGGCUAGGGAGGCUGGAGCCCCCUCUGGCAGUGAAGGAAGUAGAGAGUAUGGCUAGGAUGCUCCUUCCCCCUAACACACCCUUACACACACACACCCACACACACACCCCUGCAUCGUAAGCCUUUGCCAAUUUUUUGCACUUCUUAGCGACUCCAGGAGCGGAGUCUGGCUCCACUGAGUUCUCAGGCACUGUCGCUGUGCUGGGGGUUGUGGGUACCACGUCUCAAACCGUGUGCCUGAUUGGGGAGGUGGUUGUGGGAUUAACCCGUUUGUGUGCCAUUGGCUCUGCCAGCACUCGCUGACCUCCCGCAUGCCUUGUCCUGCAUCCUGGUCCUUGGGGGGGAAUUCCAUUCUUCACGCUGUGCGACAGCUUUCCCCGCUCCCUCAUGCACACAGCCACCCUGGUAACCCUGGCUUGCUUGUGACCACGUGAUUUGCGCAUCCCCUCGCUCUGUUCCUAGGCACUUCCUUUCCCCGUUGUCAGUUUGGUUGGGUUUUUUUUGUACAUUACUGUUGAGUACUUUGUCAUUGUGAACGAGAGAAACCAACUCUUUGGAAACGUAUCCAUUUUAUUAAAAUGAUGAUGGCUAUUAUUAUUAUUAAUAAUGUUUACUAUCUGAACUGGUCAGUGAAAUAAAUACAUGAAAAAACCGACAAGACGAC